AUGGCAGGUCGGGUUACUCGGGGUUCGAAAGAAACAGAUUUUGAAUAUCUACAAAAAGACAAACCAGCCGUCAAGAAAUUCGCAUGGGUCAUGGGUGAUGAUGGUUUAUCUCUUUUUCUCGAAAAAUCGAACCUAGAAGCGUUACGUUCAAUUGGUUGUGAGGACAAAUGGAUUCGAAGAAAACUGGAAAAUGGAGAACACUUUCGGUUAGGUAUAUUUUACAGAUCACCUGAAUGCGUUCUAGCCACAUGGGACGGAAUACUAUCACUAAUUGAUGCCUACUAUCCGAAGUCUAUUUCGAUGAAGGUUCGUCGACACGAAAAUGCAUUGAAAGAAAUGGAUUUCAAUGUGAUUGAGGCGCAUGCUCGAUUGUCUUACCUUCGUGGAGCAUCUUACUUUGACAUCAAUGAAUUGGCUGUUGAUGGCAACUCAUCUGAUCCUCGCUUCAUGUCAGAAGAGAGAUUUCUAGAAUGUGAAGGAACACUUGAAGAGUCACGUGGCUUUCUCUACCAUCGAUUAGGUCUCUCAAAAUUAUUCGAUGGAAGCGGCUUCACAAAAGAUUCAAGUGGACGAUUAUGUGUGCGAGAAUAUUUGCAACCCAAUAUGCCCAUCCGAGACAUACCAGGAUUUCGAUAUUUGGAUUUACCUAUUGAUACAACUGAUCUUAUGCCUGACUCUUGA